UCUGGCACUUAACCUAUAGUCUUGAUGACAUUUUGACAUGUUAACCCACAAUAUGUCACGCGUCAAAUUGCGAAAGUUGGUGAUAAUUGAUGUUUGUUGCCAUCUUACUGUAAAGCACCACUGCAAUAUUCAAGAUGGUAAAACAAAGUUUAUUACAAUACAUUUUAUAUCUAAAUAACAUCACAUUAAAUCAUAGUACGUCUACUACAUUUUAUUACAGAGCAUUUUCUGUAAAACUUCAAUUCAAAGUUUUAACUGUCCAUCGUUUAAAUUGUCCGGUUUUCCUAUCAUGUGUCCUUUUCAACUCUUAUUUGUUUAAAGACCACCGUACUUGAAAUAAAAAUGUCAGUACAGGCUUUACAUUUAGUUAUCCAAAUGUUCAUUAUUCGUUACAUUUUUGGCGGCAAGGGAAGCUGAUGAAAUUAUCCAAUAGCCUCGGGGAAUUAAGGCAGGCUCAAGGCCAAUGAGAAUUCGUAAAAGCCUACCCAAUCAGCUAUUCGCUGGUCUGCUUUAAAGCCGUAUGUCGGGCAGUAUUGGGCCACAUUUGACAAGCAGAAAUCUAGUAACUCGGGAUGGCUAGAACCAAGCAGACCGCACGUAAGUCUACCGGGGGUAAAGCCCCCAGGAAGCAGCUCGCCACUAAAGCAGCCCGGAAGAGCGCGCCUGCGACUGGCGGAGUGAAGAAGCCUCACCGUUACAGGCCUGGUACUGUAGCCUUGCGAGAGAUUCGUCGUUAUCAGAAAUCUACUGAGCUGUUGAUUCGCAAGCUGCCCUUCCAGCGCCUCGUGAGGGAGAUUGCCCAGGAUUUCAAGACCGAUUUGCGCUUCCAAAGCUCCGCUGUCAUGGCUUUGCAGGAGGCAAGCGAGGCUUACCUGGUUGGUCUGUUCGAGGACACCAAUUUGUGUGCUAUUCACGCCAAGAGGGUGACCAUCAUGCCAAAGGAUAUCCAGCUGGCCCGCCGCAUCCGGGGAGAGCGCGCUUAAAUUGAUUCCAAGUGCGCAAUCAAAACCACAAAGGCUCUUUUAAGAGCCACAA